GAAGCAGUAGCUGACGAAGAAGAAUUUGUGGCGUGGCAUCUUUACCUAUUUUAUUAUUUUGUGGCGCAGUCGAAUAUUUAGCACAAUUUUCUCAUUAUUAUUAAAAAAUAACCUGACAGCUUUGAUAUCAAAACGCGAGAAGCAGCUCGUGGAGGUAGUAAUGGCGGCCGAGCGGCGCGAGGACAAAGAGGGAGAGCUUAAUGUUCUAGAAGACAUUCUGACUGAAGCACCAGAUCAGGAUGAUGAACUCUACAACCCAGAGAGUGAGCGAGAUGCGUCGGAUAAGAAAGGUACAAAAAGGAAGAGUGAACGCUCGGGGAGCCAGGACUUAAAGAGGCUUCGUCCAUCCACAGGUCAUGCAUCUUCCAGGCCAUCCUCCACCAGUAAGAGGGGACCUGGUCCAAGUACCUCCUCGUCCUCGUCCAAAAAACCUGUUACAUCCAGCCCGCGAGGCCGCCAUUCUUCCACCGCCACCAGCUACCGUCAUGAUUACUAUGAUGAAAGAAAGGGGCGAAGGGGUGCAAGAGAGGCACCAAGGAGUCGUGUUGGGGAAGAUACUCGGCGUCGCCAUGCCCACCGGAGCCUUGAAAGCCUUAACCAGAAGCUUCGGCGAGAUGAGCGACGGCAAAGCCUCUCUCCCAAUGGUGAGGGUAAUCAAUCAGAGGACGACACAGGAGCAGACUACAUCUCAGAACGGGCAUCAGGAAGCUCUUCUCCUGCUGCCUCACGUGUAGAUGAGGAGGAAGAUGAAGAACAGGAGGAAGAUGAGGAGGAGGAAGAGGAAGAGGAGGAGGGCAUGGAGGAAGAAGAUGAGGAGGAGGAAGGAGAGAAGGAAGAGGAAGAUGAAGAGGAAUAUGAGCGACGUGGCAGUGGUGAAGGAAACGACUAUGACACACGUAGUGAAGCUGGGGACUCACGCUCUGCAUCUUCUGUCAGCUUCUCGGAUAACGGUGAUUCUGCACAUACAGGCUCCGCCUCCGAAGGGUCAGGUUUGGACAAGAAGCGGGAGAAACUGUCAUCAUCUGUGAGAGCUGUUCGCAAAGGGAUGGAUAAUCCAAUCAGUAAGCUACGCUACAUCUUGCGAGAUGCACGCUUCUUCCUUAUAAAGAGCAACAACCAUGAAAAUGUGUCACUUGCUAAAGCUAAGGGGGUGUGGUCAACACUGCCGUUGAAUGAGAAGAACCUAAAUACAGCUUUCCGCUCAGCUCGCAGUGUGAUCCUUGUCUUCUCUGUGAGAGAGAGUGGCAAAUUCCAAGGAUUUGCUCGUUUGGCAUCAGAGUCUCAUCAUGGUGGCUCUCCAAUUCACUGGGUUCUUCCUGCUGGCAUGAAUGCCAAGAUGCUAGGUGGUGUCUUCAAAAUUGACUGGCUCUGCAGGCGGGAGCUUCCAUUCACAAAGACAGCUCACCUGUCUAAUCCCUGGAAUGAACACAAGGCUGUCAAGAUUGGACGAGAUGGACAAGAGAUCCAACCAGACAUUGGGGCACAGCUCUGUGCUUUAUUCCCAUUGGAUGAGAAUGUGGAUGUUCACCAUGUUGUUCGCCGUGUACAUCACAAGCGUCGGACACCGUCAGAGCCACGGCCCCGAGGUCGUCAACCACAGCGUGAACUAGGAAGGCGUCGUCCUGAGGAAUAUGAUCUACACAGCAGGAAGCGUCCCCGAGCUGACUGUCCCCCCGACUUCAACCAGCGUCCAGGGUUUAUCCAGGACCUUCGUAACCAGCCUGUGGACAGCAGGAGAUUCUCUAAUGUCCGACGUGAUGCUUUUCUUAAUGGGUCUUACAAUGAGUACAUAAGGGAUUACCACCACAAUGUUGGCCCACCUGCUCCGUGGCAAACGAUGGCAACAUACCCUGGCAUGGAACAGACCCUUCCCCACCACCAUCACCCAUACUACCAACACAGCCACCCACCACCUCCUCCUCACCAGGCCUACCACCACCAUCACCCGCCUCUGCCACCACAUGAGGCUCCACCCCCUCGCUUCAGAGACAAACAGCGUCCAGUACAACAGCGCUCCUUCGCCUCCAGCCCGCACGACUAUGAUAUGCGUGUGGACGAUUUCCUGCGGCGGACUCAAGCGGUGGUGAGCAGCCGCAGGGAGCGUGAACGACAGCGUGAACGAGAGCGUGGUGGACCCCGUGGUGACAUUCGGCGCGAGCGAGACCGGGAACGAGGCAGAGACAGAGAGCGAGAGAGAGAAAGAGAAAAGGAAAGGGGGCGGUACCGCAGGUGAACGUGAUGUCAUAUCCUCUUUUCCCCUUCCACAAAUUUCUACAAAGAAAUGUUAAAAUGUCUGCAGUUGUUUUUACUUUGAUAUUUUUGAAAAUGGGGGUUAGAUUUGAAGGAUUUGUGAAGCAUAAAAACUGAAACUUGUAUUUUUUUUUUUUUUUUAUCAUGACACUGUAAAAAUAUCAACACAGAUUUAUGUACAGCAGUCAUUAUCCAGUCAGUAGUUUAAAGUGUUUUUGUGUAGCAGGUUAAAAUUUUGUUUGUGUUCAUACAAUGUUAAAAUAAUAAUAAAAAAAA